AUGGCUAGAACUUUCUUCAUUGGUGGUAACUUCAAAUUGAACGGUAGCAAGAAAUCUAUUGCUGAAAUCGUUGACAGAUUAAACAAGGCUGCUUUAGAUGUUAACUCUGAAGUUGUCAUCUGUCCACCAGCUGCUUACUUAGACUCUACUGUCCAAGCUGUUACCAGCAAACAAGUUUCCGUCGGUGCUCAAAACGUUUACGUUAAGGCUUCUGGUGCUUACACUGGUGAAAACUCUGUUGACCAAAUCAAGGACUUAGGUGCUAAGUGGACUAUCUUAGGUCACUCUGAAAGAAGAGAAUACUUCAAGGAAACCGAUCAAUUCGUUGCUGAAAAGACCAAGUUCGCUUUAGACAACGGUGUCUCUGUUAUCUUAUGUAUUGGUGAAUCCUUAGAAGAAAAGAAGGCUGGUCAAACUUUGGCUGUCGUUGAAAAGCAAUUGACUGCUGUCAUUGCUGAAGUCAAGGACUGGACCAACGUUGUCAUUGCUUACGAACCAAUCUGGGCUAUUGGUACUGGUUUAGCUGCUACUGCUGAAGAUGCUGAAGAAAUCCACGCUUCCAUCAGAAAGUUCUUAGCUUCCAAAUUAGGUGACAAGGUUGCUGAAGAAAUCAGAAUCUUAUACGGUGGUUCCGCUAACGGUGCUAACGUUGCCUCUUUCAAAGACAAGAAGAACGUCGAUGGUUUCUUAGUCGGUGGUGCUUCUUUGAAGCCAGAAUUCGUUGACAUCAUCAACUCCAGAAAAUAA